UUGAAAGGAUUGGUAAGUUUCUGUGUUGCGAAUACUGCGGACUCGUAUUUAUACAACCCUCGUGGCCAUUUGCAGCAACUGAAGCACCCGCUUAGCACAAGAGAAUUAUUGGGUCGGCAUUUAGAAGUUGAAGAAGCAAUCAGAGUAAGACUGAAACCAACAAUGAGAAGGUUCUUCAAUAAUAGCAAUCAGAGUAAGACUGAAACUAUGAAGAUUGAAGGCACUGUAGUUUUGAUAAAAGCAUCGCUUAUGGAUGUCAAAGAUUACAGUGCUAGUUUUGGAGACAGGGCAGCCGAGCUCCUGCAGAGAAAGGUGUUUUUUCAACUGAUCAGUUGUGAUCAAACAGACAAUGAAACUGGCAAGGGUAAAGCUAGCCCUCAUAAGGCUGCCUUAGACUGGAAUUGGCCAGGCUUGGGAACAGUUGUUACGGAUACAACCCACAAAAUCACUUUUGAAUGGCCCACUGACUAUGGGACUCCUGGAGCUAUACUAGUCACAAACAAGCAUGCUCGAGAGUUUUAUCUCAAACAUGUUUGCAUUCAUCUUCCUGAUCAAGGAGAUGUUAAUUUUCUCUGUGACUCUUGGGUUUAUCCUACAUGGAUGGCUAAGUUUUGCUCUAGUUUGAGUAGUGGACGAAUCUUCUUUGCAAAUAAUAGCUAUCUUCCUUCGAAAACACCAGUAGGGCUGGUGGGUUGGAGGGGUGAGGAGCUGGUAAAAAUGAGAGGAAAUGGUACUGGGAAGAGGGAGCCGUGGGAUCGUAUUUAUGAUUAUGAUGUUUACAAUGAUCUGGGUGACCUUGAGAACGGGAAGAAUCUUGAGAGGACAAUUCUCGGAGGAUCCGCCGACUUCCCAUAUCCGCGGAGAUGCAGAACUGGCCGUAAUCGCCUAAGAAUAAAUCACGCUUAUGAGAGUCGAAAGCAGGAGUGGAAAUUGUCAGCACUUAUAUCGCCAGGCUUCUAUAUCCCGGCAGAUGAGAAGUUCCCUCAAGCCAGUCUUUCUGACUUUCGAGCCCAUUUCUUCAAAGCUUUCUCAAAAAAGUUCAUUUCUGAUCUUGUCACAAAUCUAAAUGUAGUGAAGAAACACUUCGGCAAUUUGAAGGAGGUUAAAAGUCUCUACAGUAAGGGACUUAACAUGCCAGCUGAUAUUACAAUUAGUUUGGCCAAAGCAGUCGUUCCCUUUCAGAUGAUAAAAGGGAUUUUGGAUACAAACGACCAAGCGGUCCUAAAAUUUCCAAAACCCAAUAUAAUAAACAGGGAUGAUAAUGCAUGGAGGACAGACGAAGAGUUUGCUCGUCAAACACUUGCAGGGAUCAAUCCUAUGGUUAUUAAACGUUUGGAGCGCUUCCCGCCAUAUGGCAAUCAGAACCCACAAAUUUACGGUCCACAGAAGAGUUCAAUCACUGAGGAACAUUUGCUUCCUUACAUGGAUAAAAUGUCAGUGGAAAAGGCCAUUGAAAAUAAAAGACUGUUUAUAAUGGACUACUAUGAUGCGUACAUGCCCUACGUGGAACGCAUUAACAACCUUGAGACAAACAAAGUCCAUGCCAGCCGCACCAUCUUCUUUCUUGGGGGUGAUGGAACCCUAAGGCCUAUUGCCAUCGAGCUGUGUUUGCCACCCACAGCUGUGGGACAUGGUGACAACCGCGUCUUCACUCCCAACUAUGCUCAAGAAGACAAGGGAUGGUUGUGGGAGUUGGCCAAAGCUCAUGUGCGAUCCAACGAUUCUGGUUAUCACCAGAUAGUCAAUCAUUGGCUUCGAACACAUGCCGUGAUAGAGCCGUUUAUUAUUUCUACUCAGAGAAAUCUGAGCAAACUGCACCCACUUCACAAGUUACUUGUCCCUCACUUCCGCAAUACCAUGGACAUCAAUCGUGCAGCUCGUGAAAGCUUGAUAAAUGCGGAAGGCAUUGUCGAGAAAUGUUUCAGUCCAGGCAAGUUUGGAAUGGAAAUCUCUUCCAAAGCAUACAUCGAUUGGAAAUUCAAUGAGCAAGGUCUACCAGCUGAUCUGAAAAAGAGGGGUAUGGCUACAGAAAAUGGAGCAGGUGGGCUGGAACUUGUGAUUAAAGAUUAUCCGUAUGCUGUUGACGGGCUUGAAAUAUGGGAUGCCUUGAAAUCCUGGGUGUCGGAAUACUUAUCACUUUAUUACAGCGGUGAUGCUAGUGUAGAGAGUGAUGAAGAAGUGAGAGCAUGGUGGAAAGAGAUCAGAGAGGUUGGGCAUGGAGACAAGAAGCGUGAGGAGGCAGGAUGGUACAAAAUGAAGAGCCUGAAAGAUGUGAAGGAAGCAAUUACCACCCUCAUCUGGGUUACCUCUGCUCACCACGCUGCGGUGAACUUCAGCCAGUAUGACUACGCUGGAUUCAUGCCCAAUCUCCCCAGUACCACCCGUAAGCUUGUUCCACUCAAAGGAUCGGAUCAGUAUUCCAAACUCCUCAAGGACCCAGAAGCAUUUUUUCUCAAGACUCUUACAGACCCUACCACAGCCACUACUACCAUGGCUGUGCUGGAAAUUUUGUCAAGGCAUUCCACUGACGAGGUUUACUUAGGCCAGGGUUCAACCAAAGAAUGGAUUGAUGACAAUAGGGUUUACGAAGCCUUUCAAAAAUUUCACCAGAACCUGUUGGGUAUCGAGAAAAAGAUUACUGCUAGAAAUGAAGACCCAAACCUGAAGAACCGAUGUGGUGCCGCAAAGCUUCCCUACACACUGUUGUUUCCAAACACUUCAGAUGUAACCAAGGCUGGUGGUCUCACCUUUAAGGGAAUUCCUAACAGCAUUAGCAUAUGACAGUGCUGAAAAGCCUAUAACAUUUGUGGUUUUGUGUGUGAGUGAUCAGUGAUCACAAUUUAGUGUUUUGUGUGACUCCUAUGGGAAGUGUUAUGGACCCUUAUGUUCCAUCUCUUUUUCUGGAAACAAAACUAUGCAUUUAAGUAUUACUAAAUAAAAUCAUAGUUGAAUA